AACGACUUGGCUCCUUAAAAUCCACAGCUUGGUUUCGUGAUCAUAAAUUGAUAAACAUUAAAUACUAAAUAAUACCUCCCCAUAAUAAUUACACCACCACUCUUUAAUCCGAGUUCAUUUACAAAAUCUGAAUUUACACCCAAAAAAAUCUUUCUACGGUUAGAGGUAUUUAUCGGGAAAGAAAAUGGGUCAAGCUUUCGGUUGUAUUCAAGUGGAUCAGUCUACAGUUGCCGUGAAGGAACAGUUUGGCAAAUUUGACGAGGUACUCGAGCCCGGCUGCCAUUUUCUGCCAUGGUGUAUCGGCUAUCAAUUAGCCGGUUCGCUAACAUUGCGUUUGCAACAGCUUGAUGUUCGUUGUGAAACAAAAACCAAGGACAAUGUGUUUGUCACGGUGGUUGCUUCGAUCCAGUACCGAGCAUUGGCGGACAAAGCAGCCGAUGCGUUUUAUAAGCUAUCCAACACUAAAGAACAGAUCCAAGCUUAUGUUUUUGAUGUCAUAAGAGCGACCGUACCGAAACUGGAUUUGGACUCGACUUUUGAGCAGAAGAAUGACAUAGCUAAAGCUGUGGAGAAUGAACUUGAAAAGGCAAUGUCUGCGUAUGGUUUCGAGAUAGUUCAGACACUGAUUGUUGACAUUGAACCAGAUGCUCAGGUCAAGAGAGCGAUGAACGAGAUAAACGCAGCCGCUAGGCUAAGGGUAGCUGCAACCGAAAAAGCCGAAGCCGAAAAAAUAUUACAAAUCAAAAGGGCAGAGGGAGAGGCAGAAUCCAAGUACUUAUCGGGCCUCGGUAUAGCCCGUCAGCGUCAGGCCAUUGUAGACGGUCUUAGAGACAGCGUAAUAGCCUUCUCCGAGAAUGUACCUGGUACUUCAGCUAAGGAUGUAAUGGAUAUGGUACUCGUUACGCAGUACUUCGACACUAUGAAGGAAAUCGGAGCAUCUUCGAAAUCAUCUGCCGUUUUUAUCCCUCACGGGCCUGGAGCUGUUAAGGAUAUUGCUACACAGAUUCGUGAGGGUCUUCUUCAGGGGUCUGCUGCGUCUACUAGUUAACGUUUCGGGGGUGUUUUCGUCUUUUUGUUGCUUUGUUAGAUAUAUAUAAAUAUUGUGUAUUGCUUUUCUUUUUCAUUGAAUGUGUAAGUUUGAUUUUUUUUUGUAAUUGUGCAUGGGUUCUUUGGCUACUGUAAUGUGCAAGUUUGAGUUGAUUGUUACCAUCUUUUUGAAAUAUUUAAUUUUUAUUCAUUUA